AUCUAUUUGCAGCAUUAUUGGUAGGUAACUUCUGGUAUAUGGUAACUUCUGUUUCCCUGUUUGUCUAACACAGUAAAAACACCUCUGGUUCUCUGAUUAUGAAUUAUACAGCUGCAAUACUGAGGACCACUGCACAGCUUCCAUGGACUGAGAUGGUGACCAACAGCACCCUUGAUCUAAAUUACUAUGCAUCAUCCAGUGUGAAUGGACGACGUGCUGAUGAUGACAACUAUGAUGACUACUAUGAUGACUACUAUGAUGAAAACAUUGAUCAGUCUACGUUUUCCUGUAAUUAUGGAGAUCAUGGAGCUAGCUUCCUCACUUUAUACUCCCUGUUUUUUGUGGUGGGCUUUCUGGGUAACACACUUGUGAUCUGGGUGGUCUUGAUGGGUAUGAAGCUGAAAAGCAUGACUGACAUCUGUCUCCUGAACCUGACUAUAGCUGACCUGCUGCUGGUCUCCUCUCUUCCCUUCCUGGCACAUUAUGCCAGAGACCAGUGGAUCUUUGGAAAUGUCAUGUGCACUAUGGUCCUCAGUGUCUACUACAUCGGAUUCUACAGUGGGAUAUUCUUUAUAGUAUUGAUGAGUGUUGAUCGAUACUUAGCUGUAGUUCAUGCUGUGUUUGCCUUGAGAGUCAGAACAAGGACAUAUGGGAUCUUAGCCAGUGUGGUCACAUGGAUCAUUGCUGUUUUUGCAUCCUUUCCUGAGUUGAUGUACUUCAAAACCACAGACUUAAAUAAUCAAUCUUAUUGUACAUAUUAUCCAACAGAUUAUCACAGUUCUAAUCAUUCUUCAAAGAUAAUUGGUAUCUUUAAAAUGAAUGUCAUUGGUUUAAUUAUCCCACUUAUUGUGAUUGGAUUUUGUUACUCAAUGAUUCUGAAGAGACUCCUGACAGUUCGCUCUUCCAGGAGGCAGGCCAUGCGUCUAGUUAUUGUGGUGAUGGUGGUCUUCUUUUGCUGUUGGGCUCCAUACAAUGUUGCAGCUUUUGUGAAAGCCUUAGAGAUAAAAGAAUACAUACCUCAUUCCUGUGAGAGUAGUAAGGCAAUCAAUCUAAGUCUGCAGAUCACAGAAGCUUUGGCUUACUCACACAGCUGCCUGAAUCCCAUUCUCUAUGUGUUUGUGGGAGGGAAAUUUAAAAGGCAUCUUUUUAGACUCCUAUAUAGGACACCCUUAAGUAGAUUGCAGUUCAUGAAGAGUCAUAUUACACCAGCCAUAGGAUCUGUUUAUUUACAGUCCGCUAGUGUGGAUGAGAGAUCCGCUGCAGUGUGAGCGGAACAUUAAUUGGAGUAGGGAAAAAGAAAAGAAAAAAAAAGAAGAAAAAAAGAAAAUUCUAAUAAGGUUUUACUUGGAUAAAGAGAAAAAAGUGGCUUUUACUCUUAGUGGCUUUUUUGUUUACCAAUACUAUAAUUAGAUGAACUGUAUUUUGUAAGAAUAAACACCUUUAAUAAAGAUGCAUGGCUCACAUUGCAGAGUGAUAAUUUUACACCGUUGAGAACAGCAACAAGGUCAGUUAGUAACUGGGUUGCAGUAAUAACUGCACAAUGCAGGAGAAUCCAAGAAACAAAACUGUUUUUUAUUUUAAAUCCAACUCAGAAAUACUCAGGAUAUUAUAGGGAUAACUAAAAUAGAUGUGCAAAGUUUGAUGACAAACUUUGAUGUUGGCUUGACAAAGCCAGGUCUGAAAGUUUAAUAACUUUGAAUAGCUUAAAGUUUGAAGGUUUUACUCAGAGAAAGUAAAAAUAAAUGUUACUAGCACGUUACUAGCAUGUUGCUAGCAUGAUUUAACAUGUUGCUAACAUGUUUUAGCAUGUUGCUACAUGAAUUAGCAGGUUGCUAACAUGAAUUAGCAGGUUUCUAGCAUGUGUUAGCCCACUGCUAGUCUCGCGUAGCCAGACCUUGUUCAGACUGGACUCUACGCAGCUUUCAUUGGCCAAGGACCACCCAAGAGGACGUUUGACUGACAUGUAACGCAACCAAUCACAGUUCGUUUUGUUCCACGUCAUGUUUAGGGGUGUGAAAAUGUAAAGUUGAUGUCCCUGCAAUAACAGACUGGCGUGCAUCUAUAAAUUAUUAAUUCAGUGUUGUGACAUGUGACAAUUAAGCGCUUGUAAACACGACAGCGUCUUUUUUUCCACGAGGGGGUUUAGCGUCACAGCAUUUGUUUCAAGGUGGACCGUUAAAGAAUGCAACACACGCAUCUCCCGGACAUCCUGUAUAAUUCAACCAACCAAAUGACGACUUUGAAACUGCUGGUUUCCAGUGAAGUGUGCAUGCAUCAGACGUUCAGCCAAUGGUCAAUGGGCGUGACGUUGGAGGCUGAGACUGGCCCACUGCUAACAUGAAUUAACAUGUUGCUAACAUGAUUUAGCACAUUGUUAGCAUGAAUUAACAUGUUGCUAGCAAUUUUUAGCCCACUGCUACUAUGAAUUUGCAUGUUGCUAACAUGAUUUAGCACAUCGCUAGCAUGAAUCCACAUGCUACUAAGAUGAGUUAGCAUAUAGCUAGCAUGAAUUAGCAUGUUGAUAGCAUGUUUUAGCACACUGCUAGCAUGAAUUAGCAUGUUGCUAAAAUGAUUUAACAAAUUGUUAACAUGAAUACAAACAAGGCAUUUAAGGCAAGUGUUUUCUGUUGGUUUCCUUUGCCGUGGACUUUGUAGAUAAGUGUGGAAAAAUGAUAGGCCUAUCAACUUAUUCCCGCUCGUCUGCAGGGUCCACUUCACAGUAGAAUUAUCCACAUAUUGGAUUUGGCACAGUUGCAGAUAAGACUAGAUAAGACCCUUAUGAGGAUGCAGAAGUCCUGACAGUGCACUAACUCAUAGUGCUGGGACACACUCGCAGCUAAUUUUAUCAUAUCCAACUGCAGAAAAACAUUGUGUACAUCUGGUAGAAGUCGAAUAUACAUUUCUUUACAUUACAGAAUGUUGGUAUGCAACAAAAAUCAAGAUCCGUUACGGGUGCUGCACAUUGAUAUGAUCGAUAAUCAAACGUGUUACUAUAUUUUAGAAUUUAGCAACACAGCAUAGACAAAUCAACAUCCAGCAUCAGGAAUAUCUUGUUUUAUAAAUACAUUUAUGUGUAAAAAUAUUGUUUUUUAAGACUCCAAUUAAACUCUCACUGCUACAAGGGGAUUUUCUCUGCAGUUGAACUGAAAGUAAUUUUCAGUCACAAAGCUCUGUAGUAUGUUUGUGAUUAUGCAGGUGUCGCCUCCUUUAGGUUUUCUACGUAAAAACAGGUUGGAAGCUGAUGAAGCCAACACUUUGUUAAAAAGAAUUUUUAAUUUCAUUGGCAAUUUCACAAUACAUAUGUUUACAGUAUGUUAGCAAACCUGCUUCCCACAUUGAAUACUGUUUUGAGGCUGUGAAAUAAACAUAUAUAUAUAUAUAUAUAUAUAUAUAUAUAUAUAUAUAUAGUUGACAAUGAACACGAUGAACAAUCAGUUGAUCUAUGUUCCUCAAAUGUAU